CGGCCGCCGCCGACCGGACUUGGGCGAGUUCGCCGUCGGAGAAGGGGAGCGGCAGGAAGGGCUCGGAGCGGGACGACGGGCGGAGAGGGAGGGAGAGAGCGAGAGCGAGCGAGCCUCGGCCGGCGGGGCAGGCGAGGCGGAGACGCAUUCACUAUGGCUUCUCCAGCUCUACUCAUGCGCGUGGUUGCCUCUGCGUACUCUGUUGCGGAAAAAGCUGCAACGAUUGUUAGAAAUGUAAUGGCCGCAGGAGAUCUGGGGAUAGUGGAAAAGACAGGAGCCAAUGACUUGCAGACCAAAGCUGACCGACUGGUACAAAUGAGCAUUUGUGCUUCCCUGGCACGGAAGUUUCCCAAGGUGACAAUCAUAGGAGAAGAAGAACUGCCUACCGAUGAGGUAACUGAGGAAUUAAUUGAAGAUGGCCACUGUGAAGAAAUACUGAAGAAAACUUGUCCUGCUCAGUACACGGGAAUUAAAGAGGAAGAGCUUGUAAUAUGGGUUGAUCCCUUGGAUGGAACCAAGGAGUACACUGAAGGUCUCCUUGACCAUGUAACAGUUCUUAUUGGAAUUGCUUAUGGAGGCAAAGCAAUAGCAGGAGUUAUUAACCAGCCAUAUUACAACUAUGAGGCAGGAGCUGGUGCUGUGUUGGGCAGGACGAUCUGGGGAGUGCUGGGCAUAGGUGCCUUUGGAUUUCAGCUCACAGAAGCACCUGCUGGGAAACACAUCGUCGUUACCACCCGUUCUCACAGCAGUACCCUGGUAAAUGACUGCAUCAGUGCCCUGAAACCAGAUAGCGUCAUCAGAGUUGGAGGAGCAGGAAACAAGAUAAUUCAACUUAUAGAAGGCAAGGCAUCUGCUUAUGUAUUUGCCAGUCCUGGGUGCAAGAAGUGGGAUACAUGUGCACCUGAAGCUAUUCUGCAUGCUGUGGGAGGCAAGAUAACUGACAUUCAUGGAAAUUCAUUUCAGUAUAACAAGGAAGUGAAACACAUGAAUUCAGCUGGGGUCCUUGCCACUCUGAGAAAUUAUGACUAUUAUGCCAGUCGUAUUCCUAACACCGUUAAACAAUCUCUUGUGCCUUAAAGCAGUAAUGCAUCUUCACCUGGUCUGGAAGGCUGAGAAAGUGAGCUUGGAGAAAAGGAAAGAAGAGAACUGAGGUUGAAAUUUUGUUUUAUAGAAUCUGAAUUCUUACAUUCAGGUGUUCAACAAUUUCAAAAUUACAUACAAAAUCUCUAAGUAUCUGUUGGAUCAGACUGUUUUGCUGUGUUCGGCAGACAACAUCAAAACAGUCACAUUUCUUCAGUAGUGGUUUUCCACAUUCUUUGGGGAGUACUGAUUCUUCGUGACUGUGCUUAAUAUACUGCUAAUCAUAACACUACAGUCCAAAAAUCAUCUUAAUAUUCAGGGCACAAAAUAAUGUGAAGUGUUUUACCUGAUCUUGCUCAAUGGUUUUUGUUGUAUGUAGUCAACAAAGGUUUAUUGCAUUAAAUACAAAUGGACUGAGAA